AUGCUUGUGGGUGGAUGUUUGCUCUGUCUGCUGUACUUCUGCUCAGCUGCAGGGCAGGCGGCGUGGCUGAAGGGAGGGUUAGCUACUUUGGGCCACGAGAACGGGACCUUGUGCCACUUGUUGUCAGGAAACGGCUCAGUGCGUUCCUGGAGUUUCCUGGCCCGGAUCGGGGGAGGGCUGGUCUUCUUCCAAACUCUGUGGAGCGGACAGGGUGAGCUGGAGCAGUGCGCGGUCCGGAGGGAGGCGAGCAUCAUCCGCACCUACCUGACCUUCUGCUUCAGGACCCACGACGGGGCGGGGGCGGCGGCGGCGGGUGGGCUCCUGGGGCUGUCGGAGCCGCGGCUUCAACGGCAGCUGAAGUUGCUGCAGCAAGUCGCAGCCGCCCGGUGCAGCCCGAGUCCCGCGGUGCCGGGCUCCCCCCGGCGGGACAAGAGCAGCGACCCGCCGGCAACCUGGUUCCACCGGCAAGGAGGCAGAGGGGCCAGUAGGACCCGCCGAGGCUUGACCGUCCCUGGGACCUUCUGGUGUGGGGCCGGGGACUCCGCAGAAAGCUACGGCGAUCUCGGAACAUUCAAUUGGACAGAUGCCUGCUGCAGAGAACAUGACCAUUGUGAACAUACAAUAGCUGCCUUUGAAUACAACUAUGGAAUGCUAAACUUCAGGUUGCACACCAUAUCCCAUUGUGAUUGUGAUUAUAGGUUCAAGAAGUGUCUCCUAGAUGUCAAUAACACCAUCUCCACAAUGGUUGGAGUAACAUAUUUCAACAUAUUCCAGAUCCCUUGUUUCUCUCUGCAACCAGUCGACCAUUGUAUGAAGAAGACUUUGUCGAGCUCUUGCCGUGCUACUGAACUGACACACCAGGCUUUUGUACAGUCUCCAUCACCGUACGAUUACCCCCACCCCACUGUGGAUGACAAAGUGGGACAGCUGCCUGUAUCCACAGAAAGGCCCGCAACAACAAGCAGAGUGAACAAAAUUGCCAGCAGUGUCUCGGUCGAAUUUGUUUAUCCAACUUCACAGCAAGGAGCAACGCAGAAAUCUCAAAAGAGCAAAGAGAAAUGCAGAAAUUGCAGUGGUCGCCAGAAGCUGGGAACCAAAGAUGCUUCUCAAAAUACCUUGAAGUCGAGGACAGAAUUUGGAGGUGGUUCCCAAACUUGUGGCUGUUACAAACCUCUGGAUCGUUGUGUGCACAAGAUCUUGCCCCAGGAAUUCAAGUUCUCCCUUUACAACCAGGAACCCAAAACCCUCUAUCACUGCAAGUGUAUGAGAAGGUUUGCAAAACAGAUGAAGGUGGAAACAAAUGUGAAAAUAGUGAAGGAAUUGUUCUUCAGAUUUGUGUCGCAGAGUUGUUUCCAGCUGAAAUCGGUGCCGAUGAAUUGCAGCAGAGAAGGACCCGUUCUGUGUGGAAGUCAAUCCAACUCCACCGUGGCUAUUCUCUCCAAACCCAGAUAUCUACAGAAUAUCAUGAAAGGUUGGGGGACUGGAGGCGAAUCCCUGUUUCCGUCACCAGAUGAGCAGGAGAGAAAUCAGAACGGAACACUUAAUAGCACAGACUCUGUUAAGCUGUAUCAUCACUGUUUACAGAUAAUUCGUACUUCACCUGUAAAGUCUUAAAGGCUGCUUUCUGGGCCACUCAGUGUGGGUUGUGUGCACAGACACGGAACAGUACAGCCCAGAUGUUAUGGGACCUCUUACUCUAAGAUCAGUCUAAUCCACAUAGCCCUCCAUGUGCCUAUCUAAGGGUCUCUUAAAUAUCCCUCACUUAUCUGCCUCUACUACCAACCCUUGCACUGUACUCCAUGCACCUACCAGUCUGUGUGCAAGAAGAAUACAUCUGAUAUAUCCCACCUCUACUCUCCUCCAAUAACCUUAAAAUUACACCCCCUCAUGUUAGCUAUUUCCACCCUGGGCAAAAUUCUCUGGCUGUCCAUUCCAUGCCUCUUAUCAUUUUCUACUCCUCUAUCAAGUUGCCUCUCAUCCUCUUUGUGAUUUUAUGAAUAUUACAUGGCUCCACGAGUCUGAGGAGGGCAGCCGAUGGUGUAUCCGCACUGGACUUCAGGGCGAGUGGUCCUGGGUCCUGGCUCCUGGCUCCUUGCUUGUUUUCCAUCUCUGCUGGUUUGAGUGUUGAGCUAGCAAUUUGGCCUUGACGCAAUGCUAAAGCAACUGCAAGGUUGCUGUCUGAUGUUCCAGAGGGGCACUGGAGGAUAGUCGAGUCUAAGUAGUAGGAAAAGGAUGCCUUGAAUAAAUAUUUUGUCUUGGGGUGCAAGUCUAUAGCUCCCUGAGUGGCACUUCGAUUUAUUGGUCAGGGCAUUGAGUAUAAAAAUUGGUAAACAACUGUAUAAAACUUUGGCCUCCUCUACUGUCAUGGAGACCAAAUUUAGGUUGGAGGAGCAACACCUCCAACCUGAUGGCAUGAACUUCGAUAUUUCUAACCUGGUAACUACUUCCCUGCCCCUUUUCCCCUUUCCCCACUCCAAUUACCCUCUCACCCCUUGUCUGCUCCUCACCUGCCCAUCACUUCCAUAUUGUUCCCCUCCUCCUUCCCUGCUCAACUGUCCUCUCCUAUCAGAAUCCUUCCUUUUCAUCCCCUUAUCUCUCUUACUUUAACACUCCCCCCCCAACUCGCCCACCUUCCCCCUCACCUGGUCUCACCUAUCACCUGCCAGCACAUACUGCUCCUUCUUAUUCUGUCUUCCACCCAUUUCCUUUCCAGUUCUGAUGAAGGGUCUCAGCACAAAGCGGCAACUGCUUUUCACCCUCCACCGGUGCUGCCUGACCUGUUGAGUUCCUCCAGAAUUUUGUGUGUGUUGUUCAAGAUUCCCAUCAUUUGCAGCAUCUCUUGUGUUUAAAACUUUGAGGGCACAUUUGGGACAUUGCAUCCAGUUCUUGUUGCUGCAUUACAGGAUGAUUUGGCAGCUUUACAGAGGGUGCAGAAGAGGUUCACUGGGAUUUUAAUUGGAUUAGAAACUAUUACCUUGAAGCUUAAAUUGGACAAACUUGGAUUGUUUUAUCUGAAAUAUUGGAGGCUGAGUGGCAACUUGAUUGAAGUUUUAAAACGAGAAGAGGCAAAGACCAUAAGAUACAGGAUCAGAAUUAGGCCAUUCAGCCCAUCAAGUCUGUUCUGCCAUUUCAUCACAGCUGAUCCAUUUCCCUCUCAAUCUUAUUCUCCUGCCUUCUCCCCAUAACCUUUCAUAUCCUGAUUGAUCAAGAAUCUAUCAACCUCUGUCCUAAAUAUAUCCAAUGACUUUGACUCCUCUGCCGCCUGGGGCAACAAAUUCCAGAUUCAUCACCCUCUGGCUGAAGAAAUUGCUCCUCAUCUCAAUUCUAAAUGGAUUUCCCUCUACUCUGAGGUAGUGCACUCUGGUCCCAGACUCCCCCACUAUAGAAAAUAUCCAUUCAAGUCUUUUCAAUAUUUGACAAGGUUUCAAUGAGAUCCCAACACUUUAUUCUAAAUUCCAGUGAGUACGGGCACAGAGCCUUUAAUUGCCGCUCAUAUGAUAACCCUUUCAUUCCCAGAAUCAUUCUGGUGCACCUCCUGAGGGCCCUCUCCGAUGUCAUUACAGUCUUUCUUAAAUAAGGGGCCAAAACUGCUCACAUUACCCACCCUUAAUCAGUCCACGUCUAUCCAAAGACCCUGAUGUCGGGCUCGCUGGCCUAUAAUGUCCUGGUUUCCUUUUACAACUUCUCUUAAACUGCAGAACAACAUUAGCUGUCCUCCAAUCCUCCAAUACCUUAGCUGUUCCUGAGGAUGAUUUGAAUAUCUCUGCUAGGGCCCCUACAAACUUCUGCACUUGCUUCCUACAGGGUUGAAGGGAACAUCUUAUCAGCUAGCCUCACCCGUCUUGUAAGAACACUGUCCAGAAGAAGGCAAUGGCAAACCACUUCUGUAGAAAAAAUUUCCAAGAGACCACAGUGUCCUAUGACACAGCACACAAUGAUAAUGAGCCCAUGCACAGACAGAUGAGAUUGGUUUAAAUUGGAAGCUUGGUUAGCACAGAUACAAGACCAGAAGACUUGGGCACAGAAUAAGGCCAUUCACCUUAUCGAGUUU